UUCCAGCGCCAGUGCCCCGACGGGCGCAUCAGCCGCGCCGACUUCGAGAAGAUCUACGGCACCUUCUUCCCCAACUCGGAGCCGCAGGGCUACGCCCGCCACGUCUUCCGCAGCUUCGACACCAACGAUGACGGCACCUUGGAUUUCCGGGAAUACAUCAUCGCCCUGCACCUCACCUCCUCGGGGAAGACCCACCUCAAGCUGGAGUGGGCCUUCUCCCUCUUCGACGUCGAUCGCAACGGGGAGAUCAGCAAGGCGGAGGUCUUGGAGAUCAUCACG